GUUCCCGCGCUCAUGUGGGUUUGUGUACUGUCAAUUAAACGUGGGUUAAAGUAGCAAGAAUGGGAAUUUUAGGAUUAGCGAAAGUUAUUGCUGAUAUCGCACCUAAUGCUGUAAAGGAGAGUGAAAUUAAACAUUAUUUUGGUAGGAAGGUGGCAGUAGACGCGUCUAUGAGCCUAUAUCAGUUCUUAAUAGCUGUUAGAAGCGAAGGAGCGCAGCUAACCUCUAUUGAUGGCGAGACAACAAGCCAUCUUAUGGGAACAUUUUAUCGUACAAUUCGUCUGAUUGAAAAUGGCAUAAAGCCUGUAUAUGUAUUUGAUGGUAAGCCACCGAAUCUGAAAUCAGGAGAGCUUGAUAAACGUGCUGAAAGAAGAGAACAAGCACAAAAGGAAUUGGAAAAAGCUGAAGAAGCAGGCGAUGUUGAACAAAUAGACAAAUUUAACAGAAGAUUAGUGAAAGUGACAAAAACACACACAGAAGAAUGCCAGCAACUUUUGAAACUGAUGGGGAUUCCUUACAUUGUGGCACCUUGUGAAGCUGAAGCACAGUGUGCAGCCCUUGUGAAAGCAGGUAAAGUGUAUGCGACAGCAACUGAAGACAUGGAUGCUUUGACAUUUGGAUCAAACAUUUUAUUACGACGGAUGACCUUCAGUGAAGCACGGAAAAUGCCAAUUCAGGAGAUUCAUUUAAACAAAGUUUUGGAAGGCUUGGAACUCACACGGGAUGAGUUUAUUGACCUGUGCAUCUUGUUGGGAUGUGAUUACUGUGACAGUAUCAAAGGCAUUGGCCCCAAACGUGCCAUCGACCUUAUAAAGCAGCAUCACAGUUUGGAAAAAAUUCUUGAGAAUAUUGAUACAAAGAAGUACCCACCACCAGAAGGGUGGAUGUAUAAGGAAGCAAGGCAACUGUUUUUAGAACCAGAUGUUGCUGAUCCAGAAACUAUUGAGCUGAAAUGGACUGAUCCAGAUGAGGAAGGUUUGGUGAAAUAUUUGUGUGGUGACAAACAAUUCAAUGAAGAUCGUGUGCGUAACGGUGCAAAAAAACUGGCAAAGGGCCGGUCAGGGACAACUCAAGGUCGUCUUGAUACAUUCUUCAAAGUUUUACCCAGUACGAACAAUACCUCGCAGAAAAGAAAGAUCUCAUACAGCACGCGGAAAAAACGAAUACCCAUAUGUUUCCGUGAGCUCUGAUUUCCCUUAUAUUAUCAUCUUGAUCGUUUCUCCCUAUGUAGAGUGAAGAAAAACCAGCUAGUGCAAAGAAGGCAAAAGGAGGAGGAGGAGGAGGGAGAGGUCGGAGGCCAAAGUAAUUCCACUGUACUGUUGCCUAACAUGUCCAAAAUAAUGUUGCUCUUAAUUGAAGAUGAGUCUCCGAUUUGUAAUCGACUGUAAAAUUUGAAAUAGGACUAAAACAUACUAAAUCACUGUGUCUGUGACAUAUAUUGAAGUGAUUGUUGUGAUCUCAUAUCUUUUUGUAAUGAAUGGCAAUCUCUUCAAUCAUGUUGAUUUUUAAUUAAAUUAGACAUAAAAAUUAUAAUUGGAUCUGAAUUUAAAAUUGUGUGUGAAUGCUUUUAGAUAUGUGGUUCAGAUGUAAGUAUUUUGAUGUUACUAUAGUUAGUAUAAUGCAACACAAUAAAUAACCUUUAAGUUCACCAA